UGUUUGGAGGCUUGAAGGGUUUGAGGCGGUUACUUUUUUGAAUUUUGAAAUUUAAUCGAUUUGACAGUUGAUUGGACAUGUGUCAGGCGGCGGAUUGGCAGAGAUUUUUAUUUUUAUCUUUAAUACCCUUACUUUACUCUUAUAUUCAUUUUUACAAUUACAAAACUUCAUCAUUUUCCCUUCAAUCAUUCACAGUUUUUCCUCCCUCAGGUUAGUUUUCUUCUCCGUUUUCACUUUUACUUUUUUCGAUCAUGGGUGCCCUUAAGGAUUUAGCGAGGUCAUUUUCUCGGUUGACACAAGAGGAGGUAGACCUGUUUUGCCUUGAAUAUGGUAUCGAUAAACAGUUUAAUCCGACCGCCCCUGCUUGCGAUGCUUCCGUUGACAAACCGAUUUCUGGUUUUAUUGCUUUGUAUUGUCGGCAUUUUGAGUGGUCUAAUCUUCGUUACCCUUUUUCGUUUUUUGUUCUAAAUUUGCUUGAAUAUUAUCGAGUGUCUUUUGGGCAAGUACAUCCGAAAGGAAUGGCUAGGGUUUUGCACUUUGAAGUGCUGUGUCGUGCUUUAGGUUAUGAUCCUUCAUUGUUGCUCUUUCGGAGGUUCUUCCGGUUAGCCAAAAAUGGUGAUUGGUUUACUUUUGAGAACACAAAGGUUGAUACUUGUCUUGUUUCAUCCAUGGUUACAACCCUUGGAUCAUGGAAGAAUACGUUUUUCUGGGUUUCUGAAUCCAUUAUUCCUUUCAAAAUGGUGUGGAGGCAUCCGGAUGCUGUUCUCAACGAUCCGGAGCCUUCCGAGUCUGAAUUGAAUGAUGCCUUUCUUUCAGCCAUUCGGGGGUGCCCUUCGAGGGUUCGCCCUUUUCCCGAACAUUUGUUAGUGCUUUUAGGGGUUAGUAAUAUUUGGGCAAAAGUUGAUCGGGAUCCGGUGUUGAUGAGAAAUGGCCUUGUUAUGUCUGCUUUGGACUUCAUCAAGAGUGACGAUACGUCCGAUGUGGUUUUUGAAGAUGCUCCGACUGUUCCGGGUGAAAAUGUUGUUGUGAGGACCUCUGAGCAGAGGUUUGAGGGUUCAGGUUAUGUCAGUGUUGCAAAUGCGAAGGGUUUUACCAAGUCCAAUGUUCCCAAGCCUUCAACUCGCCGGUUAUCUCGUCGUUUACUGAAAGCUGCUCCUCAAUCCACUUCCACUGAGCCAGUGGAUUUGAGUGAUGAUAUCGAGGCUUCUGAGGAUCAGGCUGAAGUGGAGGUUGAGAAGGAGAAGGAAUUAGUUGUGCGUGGUAAGAAGGUUCGAGGGAAGAAGGGUGUUGCUACCCCUGUUCAAGAAUCGUCGAGCAGAGACGUUGAAGGGUUGAACCCUGAGGGCACUUAUGUGCCUACUUGGUUGGUUAAGAAUGAUGACACUUUUAAGGAUGCUGCUGUUUGUGAAGAUGCUCUUAGUCAUCUUGCUCCUCCUUCCGUUCGUGAAGCUAUUGCUGAGAUGGAUGAUGACACUAUGUUAUCUCGCAUGGUUUUAACUACUUGCAACCUUGCAGCUGACCGAGAGGCCUUAUCUGUCCAGCAGAAGGCUUUUCGUGAAGAAAAGGAGGGGUUGAAGGCUUCCGUUGGUCAGGUGACUGCGGAUAAUCAGUGGUUGAUCGAGCAUGGGUUUCAGCAGAUUGUGACUUAUCUUUUGCACUCUAAGGAAUUUAACUCUGCCCUUGGUGAUGUUUACACAAAGUUGCUGAACCUGGGGAAGCAUCAAGGCCUUACUGCUGGCUAUAAACUUCAUGAAUCUGGGCAACCUUUGGAGAAAUCACCCAUGUUUCGCCCUGAGGCUUCUGAUGUCUUCAAGGCUUCUGUUGAGCAGAUGGAGAGGCUAACCUACCCCUUUAUUCAUGAGGUUUGUGCUGAGGUUUUGGGUUCCUUGUCAAAGAAGAGGUCUUACUCCGGGGACAGUGAUGAUACCCUUUCGAGUCUGCCUGAAACCUCGAAAGAUGCUGGUUUGGAAACCUCUGCAGUUGGUGGUGAAGAAGUUGUGAAGGUGAAGAAGACAAAGAAAGCUAAAAAGUCUAAGGGUGAAGGUUUUGGGGACCCUUAA